AUGAGCUUGUGUCAACAAAUGCAACAAUUCAACGCUGGUUUACCGUCACAAUACUUGCCAUCCACCUUGUCACAGGGGUCCUUCCAGGGGUCGCCGGCAGUUGUUCAACAGACACGGACUAAAUUCGAAGACAUCGAAAGUCAAUCUGACAAACUAUCGUAUUCAAACUUGGAACAAUCAAAGUCUUACCAAGAUGCUGUGCAACAACAAAAUCUAGCUCAGUCAUACCAGACGGCUUUCGGAAAUACUGGUGUGCAGUACUCAACCGGUACCAAAAACUCUUACCGUGGCAAUCAAGAUAGCCAGCAGUACAACGGGCCAGCCACUCAACUGUCAGCCGAACCUCAAUUGAUUACCAAGGAAUCGUACUCUACAUCCUUACCGGUAGCCACCCCAGCACAGGUUCAACCAGACUACAAACAACAAUUCACCACCCCCACUCAAACUCAACAAGGUAUCUUUGGCGCGGAAGCUGCUCGUGCUCAACAUGAGUACAAACAUCAUCAAGACUACAGAAAUCAACAUUUGCAUUCCCUAGCUCAAGCUCAAGUAGAGUACAAACAACAGGUCGCUGCUCUUGAACAAGCUCAACUUGAGUACAAAAAACAGUUCGCCGCUAUAAGACAGACUCAACAAGAACUUAAACAACAGUUCGCUGCACCAGUUGAAGCUCAACAAGAAUUAAAACAACAGUUUGCUGCACCAGUUGAAGCUCAACAAGAAUUAAAACAACAGUUCGCCGUGCUUGCGCAGGCCCAAAACGAAUAUAAGCAAGAGUUUCCCGCCCUUGCACGUGCUCAAAAAGAGUACAAACAGCAGUUCGCUUUUCUUAAUGAGGCUCAACAAGAACUUAAACAACAGUUCACCACCCCAACUCAGGAUAAACUAGAGUACAAACAACAGUUCGCCAACCUUGCACAGGCCCAACUGGAGUCCAAACAACAAUUCGCCUCACUUAUCCAGGCUCAAAAAGAAUUUAACCAGCAGUUCGUGGCCCCAGCUCAGGUAUCACAUGAAUACAAAGAGCGAUUCACUGCCCCAGCUCAACAGGUAUACAGACAACAGAACGCCGCCGCUGACACCGAGCCAAUAAAUUACUCGCACGUGGUCCAGUACCCUGCCACCCAGAUCAAAUCCCAAACAGUCGCUGCAAUCCAACCGAAAUUCCAGUAUGCCACCAAUCCACAACAGUAUCAAACACAACAGUACUACAACGCUGUGCCCAGCGGACAGGUCAUCGUCACCGAACAGCCUGCACGCGUCCCAAAGUCAGGAACAACCCAAUCGUCGAAUGGAGUUUUAAUUUCCACCACACCAACCCCAUUGAAAGAAUCGGUCGUCUACAACUCUGAAUCAACAUCAACACCGAGACAAUAA